AUGAAAACUGAUGCUUUAAACCAUGCUCUUUCGAAUCUGUCUUCCAUUCGACUCUCGGGUGAGCAGACCUUAGAGGUAUCGGAGAAAGAUUCGGAUUAUGCUAAUCGGGGCUAUUGCCUUUGUGAUUCGUGCUCUUUCUUGACUACAAAGGAAAGAUUGACAUUUCGCUUCUUGUUUUGGGGUAUCUUGUGCCCUAUAAUAUGGAUAUCUAAUAUUUUCAUAAUGUUGUUUGGGCUUUUCUGGAAACAUCAUGUACCACUCAGAUCUGACAGUUUUAUACAAAUAUUUGACCAGAAAAUCAAGGUUGCAAAAGAUAAGCAUACUAUAUCUGAACUACUUGAUCAAAUACACCUCAAGUGUCACAGAAGGUUGCGACAAAGAGUUUGGUCUAGAAUAUGGUACUCCACGGGUGCCUUUUUAAUUUAUCUGAUCAUUAUCGCAAUUAUAGUAUACGGUGCUCUUCUUUUACCCCAUAAGGAUAAGAAACUGGCUUCAUCACUCAAUCAAACUAGUUAA